UAAAAAAAAAUAUUUUGUUUGUAUCAGUAUUUGCAGUGUAAACAGCACACAACUAAUACCAAACAGUUUUCGUAGUUUUUGAAAAAAAAAUUCAAUACAAAUUAAAAUUUUGUAAAAAAUAAAAGUGAAAACACGAAAAAAGUCUCAUUUCAAACAAAUUUUUCGCUAUUGAAUUCUUGACAGAGGUCAUGAACGGUCACAAUUUCUAAACACAAUCCAACAAACUACCAAACCAACCGAUACUUAAGAUAAAUGUACAAAAAGUGUGUUGUUGAAUUAAGUUUAUAAUAAUUUAAAAAAAAAGAAACUAAUAAUUUAAAACAAAACAAAAAAUCAUUCACUUUUAAUCAGGUUUGGAGUUUACGAAAUGCCUGGACGCAUGGAUACUGACGAAAAUGAUUGUGUGAUGCCAGUUCGAUCUGCUAAUCCGAUACGCGCAAAAAGUUUGAUACGCGACAAUUUGGAGAAACAAGCCUUAAUAAAUUCAUUACACUCCAGAAUGCCAAACAUUAAAGUGUUUUCGGGUACAUCGCAUCCGGAUUUGGCCCAAAGAAUUGUCGACCGUUUGGGUAUCGAUUUGGGCAAAGUCGUAACGAAAAAAUUCAGUAAUUUGGAAACAUGUGUUGAAAUCGGUGAAUCUGUACGUGGCGAAGAUGUCUAUAUUGUACAAUCUGGUUCCGGUGAGAUUAACGAUAAUUUAAUGGAGUUGCUGAUUAUGAUCAAUGCAUGCAAGAUUGCCUCAGCAUCUCGUGUAACAGCUGUGAUUCCUUGUUUCCCAUAUGCCCGCCAAGAUAAAAAAGAUAAGAGUCGUGCUCCCAUCUCGGCGAAAUUGGUUGCAAAUAUGCUAUCAGUGGCCGGUGCAGAUCACAUUAUAACCAUGGAUUUACAUGCAUCACAAAUUCAGGGUUUCUUUGAUAUUCCCGUGGACAAUCUGUAUGCUGAACCAGCCGUUUUGAAGUGGAUUAAAGAAAACAUUCCAGAAUGGAAAAAUUCUAUUAUUGUCUCACCAGAUGCCGGUGGUGCUAAGCGUGUUACGUCCAUUGCCGAUCGUCUCAAUGUUGAAUUUGCUUUAAUUCACAAGGAACGUAAGAAGGCCAAUGAAGUGGCUUCUAUGGUGCUUGUCGGUGAUGUUAAGGAUAAAAUUGCUAUAUUGGUCGAUGAUAUGGCUGAUACUUGUGGUACAAUUGUGCAUGCUGCCGAUCGUUUAGUUGAAGCAGGUGCUACUAAGGUCUAUGCCAUUUUAACACAUGGCAUCUUUUCGGGACCAGCAAUUUCACGCAUCAAUAAUGCUUGUUUUGAGGCUGUGGUUGUAACAAAUACCAUACCUCAAGAUGGUCACAUGAGAGACUGUCCCAAAAUUCAGUGCAUUGAUGUCUCUAUGAUGUUUGCCGAGGCUGUGCGAAGAACUCACAAUGGCGAAAGUGUUUCUUAUCUUUUCUCAAAUGUUCCAUAUUAAGAACUACUUUAAAACAAUAUAAUCUUUUUUUUAAUUUUUUAAAUAUAUUUUUAUAAUUUUAA